GUGAGGAAAGCAUUAGGAUAUAUGGCCUUGUUGGAGGAGGUGUCUCUGAGGUGGACUUUGAACAGCUGCUGCUCCUAGUGGGCACUCUGCUUCGUGCUUCCGGAUCAAGAAGGGAGCUGUCUGCUGUGCCUGCUGCCGUCCUGAUCUCCAACCCCAGGAAACAAAACGGUGACAUUACACCACACCUGUGGUCACUGAGAUCUGUGUCCUGUGUUGACCAUGCCGGGGUGGAGCUGCCUGGUGACGGGAGCAGGAGGGUUUCUGGGCCAGAGGAUCAUCCGCAUGUUGGCUCAGGAGAAAGAGCUGAAGGAGGUCAGGGCUUUGUUCAGGUCCUUCACUCCAAAACACAAGGAGGAAUUAUCCAAGCUGCAGACAAAAGCCAAGGUGACAGUGCUGAAGGGAGACAUUCUGGAUGCCCAGUGCCUGAGGAGAGCCUGCCAGGGCGUCUCUGUUGUCAUCCACACCGCUGCCUCCCUUGACAUCUUGGGUGCCAUUCCCAGACAGACUGUCCUGGAUAUCAACCUGAAAGGUACUCAGCUCCUGUUGGAUGCUUGUGUGGAGGCCAGUGUCCCAGUCUUCAUCUACAGCAGCUCAGUGUCUGUGGCUGGACCAAACUCCUACAAGGACAUCAUCCAGAAUGGCUGCGAAGAAGAUAAUCAUGAAAGCACAUCAUCUCAUCCUUACCCAUACAGCAAAAAGAUGGCUGAGAAGGCAGUGCUGGCAGCCAAUGGGUGCACCCUGAAAGAUGGUGGCACUUUGCAUACUUGUGCCUUAAGACUCCCAUUCAUCUAUGGGGAAGGGAGUCAACAUAUUUCAUACACAGUGAAUAGAGCACUCAAGAAUAAUGGCACACUUGACAAUUUUGCCAAAUUCUCUGUGGUCAACCCAGUGUUUGUGAGUAAUGCAGCCUGGGCACACGUUCUGGCAGCCAGUGGCCUACGAGACCCCAAGAAGUCACCAAGCAUCCAAGGUCAGUGCUACUACAUCUCAGAUGACACCCCUCACCAAAGCUAUGAUGAUUUAUAUUAUGCCCUGAGCAAGGACUGGGGGUUCCACCUUGAUCCCAGUUGGAGCCUUCCUCUGCCCAUGCUCUACUGGCUUGCCUUCCUGUUGGAAACUGUGAGCUUCCUGCUGCAUCCAAUCUACAAUUACCAGCCUCCUUUUAAUCGCUAUAUGGUCACACUGUCAAAUAGUGUGUUCACCUUCUCCUACAAGAAAGCUCAGCGAGAUCUGGGCUAUGAGCCACCUGUCAGCUGGGAGGAAGCCAGACAGAAAACUUCACAGUGGAUCGGGUCACUAGUGGAGCAGCACAAGGAGACACUGAACACAAAGACUCAGUGAUGUGACUAUGGCAGGGACAUGGCCCUGAAGUUGUCAGGUCCUCCAGAAAGUGUCUAAGACACAACCCAUCUCCUACAGUUCCCUUUGACACACUGGCCAACUUGUCUUCCAGUCACCAAAGCCUUGCCAGGCACUGACCCAAACUUUUGCCCUGAGCACUUGCCCAGAGACACACAGGCUGUGCCUCAACUGCUGUGACCAAAGGCUCAGUUUCUGGUGGUGAACUGAACAGAGCCUCCUGUAACUUAGAAUUUCAUCAGUGUUUCCAUUUCCCCUCUCACAGUUCCAAAGCAUUGCUUGUCUGAGAAAAUUCCCAUUGCUUCAUGAAGCUCAAAGAAAGAACAAUAAAAAGGUUUCAUGACUAA